CACAUGUACUCCUAAUUAGCUUGCCCGAUAACGUAGCCGAAAUCAUUAAAAAUUUGUUUGACAGUGCAGCAAAAAUUAAUUUAGAUUUUAUCUGAGAAUUUGCGUGCGUCACAACUUGAAGGUUGCAAGUGCCUGCGCGUGCGCUUGUUGCAAAAUCGAUUCUAAGUGGUGGCGAUGAGGUUGAGAUUGUUGCAAAUUUGAUGAGCACAUUAUUCUGUACCGAAUAUGUGAGUCGAGUGAAACCCACGCUUGGGCUAGGGGCAUCUUUAGAGCAGUCUGAUUCAGGCGGCAAUCCGGGGCGGGUGUCCAAAAAUUUUCAAAGAUGGCCGCUGCGAAUUCCGAAUUUGAACUUUUGAAUUUCGAACGGAAGCGAGGGCGGAAACGGCGGAAACUCUGGGCGGCGGGGGGUGUCGGGUGAAAUGCAGUUAAAAGAAAGUGUUAUCUAACAAAAAAAAUAAAAUCGCGGUUGCAAAUUGGGAUAAGCUGAGGGCGUCAGCUGAAUUCCCUGAUGCAUCAACACUUAUUGACGAAAACAUAAAUUGCGUUGUCCUCAAGCAUUUGGAAUAAUGUAUAAACUUUCCAUAAAGGCAAUCCAAAACCAUUGCGAUUAGGCUGAAGAUAAUAAAAUCGUGCAAUGGGACUACAGUGUAUUCAAAUAUUGUCAACAAGUUUGGAAGGUGACGCAUGGCCGAGUGAUUAUGGCAUACGCGGCUAAAGUGGCGGCUUUAGUCUGUUUAUGUCCAUGAUUACUAUUUGUUUGACUUGAAUGUGAGACGUUGGCCAAUAUUUGGUACCCUGGCGGACCAUUACGGUUAACAUCUUCUUAUAAAUCUAAGUGCUUACCAGACAAAAGAUGAACUAAUAGAAUAAUCUAGAUAUUUUGUUUAACAAAAGGCUCCGUUUUCAUUGCAGAUACGAGGCGCCACAGCCAUUUCAAAGGCUUCAAGACAAUCAACUUUAAAUUCUCAGAGAAGGUCUUACAGAACGAGGUGGGGGAGGCGGUCUUGAGUGUCCACGUACAGGAGUUGGACUCCUACCGGAAUGUGACAAACCUAGAAGACUUCUACACGGUGAACCUUCAAGUGAGCCGGGUGACGAGGAACAGUCAGGGGAACAAGGCGUCAGUGCCUUACACGGAGAACACAGUGAAGAUGACGAAGGAAGAGUUGAGGAAAGGGAAGUGGCUGAAGAUAAAUGUAACAAAUAUGGUGGCUGAGUUCUUCAGGCUGCCGAGGGAGUAUUUAUCAGUGAUCGUGAGAGUACAAGACUCAAAAGGCAGGAUGAACUUGGUCGUGCCGCAUCCGAGCUCAGAAACAAACAAUGCUUUGAUGCCCUACAUAGAAGUAUUUCUGCGGGACAACUCGCACAAGCGGACACGGCGGACUCUCGGCAUGGACUGCACCGAGAACUCCAAGGAGGCCAGGUGCUGUCGAUACCCUCUCGUGGUCAACUUCGAGGAGUUCGGCUGGGACUGGAUCAUCGCCCCCAAGCAGUAUGACGCUAACUACUGCAGUGGGGAGUGCCCCUACAGUUUCCUGCAGAAGUAUCCUCAUACGCAUUUAGUCCACCUCGCGUCCCCGCAGGGAAGUGGCGGCCCCUGCUGUGCUCCCAGAAAGAUGAGCAGUAUCUCUAUGUUGUAUUUCGACAAUGAGUUGAAUAUCAUCUACGGCACGAUCCCGGGCAUGGUGGUCGAGAGUUGCGGGUGCUCAUAGCACCCGUGUCGGUCCCGGUUGGUCCCAAUCUUCACUUUUGAUAAAAUUGUUUCUUUAUUCAAAAUUUUCUUUCUCAAGUGUUUUUAGACGACAUUUUGUUUUUCUUGUUCAAAUUAUUGUGAAAUCUUGGGACCAGAGGUGUUGUCUUUGUGAUAUCUUCGGUGUAAGACUGCAAAACUCUUGUGUGUUUGUGUGUGUGUGACAAUUGUAAAUUUAUUCUACUUUUGUACAUCUAGUUUCAAGUGCCUGAACAUUACCUGCAACCUCUAUACAUAAGAUUACUAAAAUAUAUUGACUUAAGGUUCAUCCACAUUUCAUAAGGAUCAUUUCAAUUUGUCUUAAUUAUUACAUAGUGACCUACAUAAUAUUAUAUAUGUUUCUAUAAUUUAGUACAAAUAAAUCCAUAACAUUGAUUUUUUAUAACCAUGUGACAUUUUAGAGUUCAGCGAUAAUGCAUUAUCUAUAUAAAAUGUAUACUGCAAUGACAAAAAUGACUUUGGUUAUAAAGUUUCAUUCGAGUGGACAUUAAAUAAAUAUAAUCAGAAAUAUUAUACUUCUAAUUAUCCAUCAUCUUCUAGAUUUAUAUUGUAUUUUUUUUCAGUAAAUGUCAGGUUCUAAAACUUUUGUUUUUACAACAACAUCCCAUUAAGGUUUUUUUUAAUGUGGCAGGUGCUUAACAAAGUGAAGCGACAUUUUUUGUAUUUAUGGAAUUAUAAAGUAUGGAUGUAAUUGAACCUAUCUUUAUUAUAAUUUUACUCUUAUUCCGAUGUAUUACUUCAGCGUUUAAAAUAUUUUAGUUACGUUUUUAUUGUAAUAAAUUUAGCGAAAUUUUAAUUUUCAAAAACAAGAUCUCAUUUUAGGCAAUCAUAUUCUUGUAUGUAUAAGUUUGCCUAUAGAUCUCUAAACUUUUUGGGUUCCAAACUGUAUGGAACACAAUUUUUUGGAUGGAAAUGCAAAAAUAUUAUUAUUACUUACAACAUUUUAGAAUUUAGAUUGAAUGUUUUAUAGUCAGCUGUCGUAAUUUGAUGAUAUUCAUAGAAAAUUUAAUCAACAAUCUCAUUUAAUAUUAGAUAUUAUGGAAUAAAACUCUCAAAGCAUA